AUGCCAAUUUAUGAUAGUGAACUCCAAAUCUCGAAUCCAGGAGAGCAAAUCACAAUUGCAAAUCUGCAAUGGUGGUGCUGGAUUUGGGAGAAUUCUCGGACGAGGGCUUCGACCCCAAGCGUUGGAUUAAUGCUGCGCUUGAUUCACGGCACCCUCAGGAUCCCAUCGAUCGCUUCCUCUCGGAUGUGGAAGAAAGCCUCCGUUCGUCUUCGGAGAAGAUCGUCGACGCCCUCGAGCGCGAAGGAGGUGAUGCUCUGCGCCGCGUCCCCUAUGCUUGCCGCGAGGCUGUCCACAUUCGCGACGAUGCUCAGGCCCUCCGAUCCGUCGUCUCCUCCAUCCUUCUUAAACUUAAGAAGGCAGAAGGUACAUCAGCUGAGUCUGUGGCUGCUCUUGCAAAAAUAGAUACGGUAAAGCAACGUAUGGAAGCAACUUAUGAAAUAUUGCAGGACGCUGCAGGCUUGACACAGUUGAGUGCAAGUGUUGAAGAUGUCUUUGCCAGUGGAGAUCUUCCACGGGCUGCAGAUACUUUGGCUAACAUGAGACAUUGUUUGUCUGCUGUUGGCGAGGUUGCGGAGUUUGCCAAUGUGAGAAAGCAGUUGGAAGUCUUGGAAGACCGGUUGGAGGAAAUGGUUCAGCCUCGCUUAUCAGACGCUUUUGCACAUCGUAAGGUUGAAGCUGUACAAGAUUUAAGACAAAUCCUUGUUCGAAUUGGAAGAUACAAGUCAUUAGAGGUACAUUACACUAAAAUGCAUGUAAAGCCAUUAAAAAAGCUCUGGGAAGACUUUGAAUCUAAGCAGCGAAUUAACAAGCUUGAGAUCGAUAAGCACGGUGAAAGUCGCCCAAACAUUGUAGAUGCUACAAAUGCAUCCUCUCUUUCUUUCAGCAGCUGGCUUCCUAGUUUCUAUGAUGAGCUUUUGCUUUACCUUGAACAUGAAUGGAAGUGGUGCAUGAAUGCUUUACCUGAGGAUUACAUCUCUUUGGUGCCGAAGUUACUGGAUGAGACCAUGUCUGAGUUGUAUUCAAGUUUUGUUCAACGUAUCAACCUCGCAACUGGGGAUGUCGUUCCUGAAACCAAAACAUUGAUUAAAGGUGUAAUGGAUAUCCUAUCUGGAGACAUACCAAAUGGCACUAAAAUUCAUAAUAAGCAUCUUGAAGCGCUAAUUGAACUUCAUAACAUGACUGGUGCUUUUGCAAGGAACAUCCAGCACUUGUUUGCAGAAUCUGACGUUCAGGUUCUCCUACGCACAUUGAAGUCUGUUUAUUCUUCAUACGAAGUAUACAAACAAAGAUAUGGGCAAAUGGAGCGUGCUAUUCUAUCCUCAGCAAUUUCAGAAAUAAAUAUUCGAGGAGCUGUUGCCCGUGGUGUUGGUGCUCAAGGCAUUGAACUUAGUGAAACUGUUCGAAGGAUGGAAGAAUCAAUCCCUCAAGUAAUUGUACUUCUUGAAGCAGCUGUAGAGAGAUGCAUAAGCUUUACAGGUGGUUCUGAGAUGGAUGAGCUUCUUGGUAACCUUGAUGAGUUGAUGUUGCAAUAUCUCUCAAACCUGCAAGAAACCUUAAAAUCCUUGAGAUCAGUUUGUGGAGUGGACAAUGCUAUACAAAGUGAUAAUUCAAAGAAGGAUGCUGGUAUUGACAGAAAGAUCAUGAAUGUCGUAUCUGAAGAAGAGGAGUGGUCCAUAGUCCAGGGUGCACUGCAGAUCCUUACUGUUGCUGAUUGCUUAACUAGCAGAGCAUCUGUUUUUGAAGCUUCUUUACGAGCCACACUCGCGAGGAUUGGCACAAGCUUAUCCAUUUCUGUUUUUGGUUCGAACAUUGACCAGUCUUAUUUAGUAAGCGGCAAUGCAAAUGUGGAAUUGCCUCUUGCAGGUAGAGCAGCACUGGAUGUUGCAUCUUUGAGGCUUAUCAACAUGCCGGAGAAGGCUAGAAAGCUUUUUAAUCUCCUAGAACAGUCAAAAGAUCCACGCUUCCAUGCACUUCCGCUCACAGCACAAAGAGUGGCAGCAUUUGCAGACACAGUGAAUGAACUUGUUUAUGAUGUUCUAAUAUCAAAAGUUAGGCAGCGAUUAAAUGAUGUAUCUAGGCUGCCAAUAUGGUCAUCUGUAGAAGAGCCAAGUCUUCAUCCGCUCCCAAGCUUUAAUGCCUAUCCUCAGGCCUAUGUAACGAGUAUUGGGGAAUAUCUCCUUACUUUGCCCCAGCAGUUGGAACCCCUUGCUGAGGGCAUCGCCAACAAUGAAGCUAGCAAUGAAGAGGCCCAAUUUUUUGCUACUGAGUGGAUGUUCAAGGUUGCAGAGGGUGCCACUGCUCUCUUCAUGGAACAGCUGCGAGGAAUCCAUUACAUCACAGAGCGUGGGGCGCAGCAGUUAUCAGCUGACAUUGAGUACCUUAGCAAUGUGCUUUCUGCCCUCUCAAUGCCGAUUCCACCAUUUCUUUCUACAUUUCACACUUUUGUCUCAACUUCGAGGGAUGAAAUCCGAAAUCUACUUAAACCUGAUAGUUCAAAUCAACUUGAUCUCCCCACAGCACACCUUGUAUGCAAAAUAAGACGCAUUUCUCUUGAUUAGGGAUUAUUUUCACCUGCAACUUCCAUUCAAUUGAGUUCAGAGAGGGACAGAAUUCAUCAAUCUUAGUUCUCUCAAUAUUGCUACUGGCACACGGCAUAUUUUCUUGUAUUUGACAUUUUAGUGGAGAAAAUUUUCACGAUUGCCUGUUUGAUAUUGGAAUCAAUGACCAACAUUUCUGUUAAUAUGGCUUGAGAGAAUGAAUCAGAUUGGUUUGCUUUUGUUU